GAGAUGCGGAAAAAGUUGUAGGCUCAGAUGGGCUAACCAUUUGAGGCCUAAUCUCAAGAAAGGUGCAUUUUCUGCAGAAGAAGAGAAACUUAUCGUCGAGCUUCAUGCUAAACUCGGCAACAAAUGGGCUCGCAUGGCUGCUCAGCUUCCAGGAAGAACAGACAAUGAAAUCAAGAACUACUGGAACACCAGGCUGAAAAGGCGCCAACGUGCCGGCUUGCCAGUUUAUCCUGAAGAAGUAGUGCAACAAGAAAAGCACCAGCAACUCAAUUCUUCGUCAUCUGUGUUAGCUUCAUCCCACCGUCCGAAUCAAAUUCCAUUGAAUUUUUACGAAACGUUUAAUUCUCAACCAAUGAUCGCCCCUCCACAAAACCAGCCCAACGCUCCAUAUAUCAACCACCAAUUGAAGCUUUACCGUGCCAGCAAUGGCAGCCUCGCCCUGUCGUUGGCCAACUCAAACUCGUCGUUCACUCCAUCCGUUUUGCCUGCUGCGCCGUUUUUCAGUCAGGGGUUGUCGAAUCCGUUGCCAAUUCCUUCGUUGCUUCAGUACAAUUCUCUCAACUAUGACAUCAACACUGAUCCGGAGAUAAGGGUUGUUGGGCUGCCUUCAAUCCAAUCGUCGGUGCAGGGGACAGUAACACCAGCCGCUUCUUCAAGCGACUUUGUGAUGGGGACAACAUCAAGUGAUGCUGCUGACGAUCAGUACGACGUUGAAACAAGCUUUUCACGAUGUAAUAACAGCGGUUUGUUGGAGGAUUUGUUCGAGGAAUCUCGAGCUUUGGCAUGUCCUGAAAAGCAAGAGGACCCCUUUGUUGCUGCAGCUGAAAAUUUGCAUGAAGAAGCAACAGGUUUUGAAUUUGGCCAGGAGAAUGCUAGUUCUGAUAAUAACUAUAAAGGCCUGGAAACUAAGGCUCCAGGAGAGGCCAUCGCUUCUAUGGACGAUGAUUUGAUGAACCUUCUGGACAAUUUUCCAUUAUCGGUUCCAAUUCCAGAUUGGGAUGAAGGAAAUGACAGUGACUCGCCCGUCUUGACCAAUGAUACAAACGAAACGGUAGAAAAUCAAACGGACGCUUCACAGUACAACCCAGUUGCGGCCUCAAUGGGGACGUCAAACCAAGAUUGGAACUUUGGCUCCUGCCUUUGGAACAACAUGCCCAGCAUCUACUAGCUAGCUAGACAUGGUAUCAAUGCAACUUCAAAAAAUUCAGAUUUAGGAGAAGACAAAGAUUGAAAGAUUUCAUCUUUAUAAUUUGUCUGUUGUAUUUGGAUUUGUGUAGACUUGUUUGAUUUCAGAUUGUUGUGUCAAUUAGUCCAUGAAGUCCAUCUUCCCCUUUGUGCCAUGAAGGAGUUAUGUAGUAUAAGAAUGCAGUUGUUCCGACCAAAUAGCAUAUUUUGCUUACUUGGUUGGUGAAUGUGUCUUGUAACAUUUUGCAAGUGUUGUGUUGAUUAGUUCUUGAUUUUGACAUUA